AUGAAUGUCGUGGAUGUGAAAGAUAAGCAGCCUGGAGCUUUCUUUUGCAAGUCCUCACUCGCUGCAUUUCUUCUUACAGGUGCUGGAUUUGGAUUAGGAAUUGUUUUCUCAGUCAUCUUCUUCAAAAGAAAGACAUGGCCUAUCGCUUUUGGGUCAGGGAUGGGGUUAGGAAUGGCCUAUUCCAAUUGUCAACAUGACUUCCAGUCUCCAUAUCUUCUCCAUGGUAAAUUUGUAAAAGAACAGUGACUAAUGACUAAGACUAUCCCAGUGGGAAGGAAGGAGAAAUCAAUGAUUAUUCCUCAGGAAUACUGAAGUGCCCCUGGAAUAAGCCAACAUUCUUCAGUAAUGAUCACCAGUAACUCUUUAUACUCCAACAAACUGUUUCUGUACAUGAAACAAAGUUCUGUUGCUUGUUUUGUAUUGUGUCUGGCAAGUGCAAGGAAGAGCUCUUCUGGGAAAAUAAAUAAAAGAAAAAUGGCCUUCUCUGGUGUGUUGACUUUGUAUGUGAGUGAGAGAGAGAGAGAGAGCAUGGAAGGAGAGGACUUCAUUUUGAGUACCUAGCAGCUGUGACCACCUGGGUAAAAGCCACUGUGAGAGCUCUUCAGACAAGACAGCCGUCGUAUGUUCCUCUCUGCUCUGGAAAGGCAACCCCCAUCUAACUUACAGUUCAAAGAAGCAUUCCCACCUCAUAAAUCACCCACUAGACCCCUGCUGCUUGUGCCGGUGUUUGAAGAGAAAUAUAAAUACUCCUAUGUCCUGUUUGUACAGUUGCCCUUUAAAAUUGAAAUUCUGUCCUCUCCAAAGAGGACUAACCAGAAGGGCAAAUCCUAACUGUGUGACCGAUGCAGCUAGCCAGAGCUGUCUCUUGUAGCUUUGACUCAUGGAAUGACCCAAGUUUGAAACUUCCUGGGAUAGUGGGUGAAUUAAACAGAUGCAUGUGCCAUCUGGCUCUGAGUUUACCUUUCAGAUUGAUUGCUUUUUCACCCGUCUUCCCACCCUGUUAUGUGGGAGAACAUGCAGGUUUCAGUGUCUGGGAAUGGGUCACAAAUAUUUAAAGCUCUUUUAUUACCUUGGCAAGUCACCAGUCCAAGUACUCCCUUCUACUUUACAUUUACCCCGGUCCAUGUAAUCAGUUGUUGGCAUGUUGUUGGCUAUUCUUCUCCUGACUUGAGAGGUUGUCUUCACCGUUUAUUUACUCAGCACAAUUUUCUAGCUAUUGAGAUGGCUCUCAAGGACCUCUUUUCUUUCUCCCAUGCUUGCUGCAUAUUGUCCAUGUAGCACAAGAUGUAAAUGCUUGUCUCCUGAGACAGAAAGGGAACGAUAUAGAUUGAUAGGGAGCUUUUCUUUAUUGAAAGCCCAUCCUGCUGCAUGGUGAGCCCUGGCAGAUGGAAGAGUGACAAAAAAAUUCCUCUCCAGAAAGGAAAAACACAAUGGAAAACAAGUUGUGCAAUAUUUGUUUUUUAAACCAGGCCAAAAAAGGAAGGGGAUAGACUGAGGGGCAGUCGUCUGAGUUCAGAGAGCUUGAGAAACUCCUUAUCUUACUGAGCAAUGGGACUGAGAUUUGGCCUGGGUGCUACAGUAGUCCUAUGCCCCCACAUUCCCCCGGGCACUGUGUGUGGAUCUCGCACGCUGAAGAAGCAUGUUUAGCUGUGCCCAGAGUCAACAGAAGCUGAAGAGCUUGCCUAGAGCAAUGGACUUGUGAAAGAAAAUAGCUUUAAUGCCAGAGCGGCAUUAAAGACUGUCAAAGCAUGAUACCAUCCAGGACCAUUGCUUGAGCAUGUCCUUGUUUUUCCACCUCCUCCCUUGCCGGACUGCAUUCAUCAGUCAGGUCAAAACAGCUUAUUGGAAACGGGAUCUCGUUGGUUCUUCCCAAUUUUGAAUCAUUUUAUCUGGCCCCAAUUUUUAAUUUGAACUAUGUACUUUGGAGCCAUAGCUCCUCUGUGGUUUGGAAAGUGUUUUUAUUGAGUUCUCUGUGUGUGUGCUGCGCUGCUAGCAGUCUGCUAAGCCAGUGGGUACAGCUGGAGAGAAAAGUGUCGACCUGGGCAAGAAACAGAACCAGAAGUGGUAGCAAUGCUCUGAAUAUCAACGACUGUCAAUGUGCUGAAAAAGCUUUAGCUAGCGCUGUGUCAUUUGGGCCAUGAUGAUGGGUUCUGUUUUUAUUUAGUGUCCCUGGUAAUGAGAUGUCCUGCCCUGGUACGCCCUGCUUUAGUUCAAAUAAAACUUCCUAAAGUUAAUUCUUACUUAAUGCAAUCUGUUGUGACACUUGAUCAGGUGGUUAUUCUGGCCCUGGAAUUCAGAGGGUACGCUUGUAUAUUCCCAUUCACAAUGUGUCAUUUAUUGCUAGAGUGAGAGUAAUCAAACAAAUGUUCUUGCUCAUUAAUAUGAAAUUCACUAGGGUGUGUAUGGAAAAAUUGCAUGGUUUUACUCUAAAAAGUGGAAUUUAAAUUUUGUCACUGCUCUUUAAG